GUGUAUUGCAUAGCUCCUGCUCAUUUCCAGCAGUCUUAGGGGGUGUCACGGCCGCGGCGAAGAAACCAAGCUGAGGUUCCUUCCACGCUCGGCUCCUACCAUUGGUCACGAGGUGCUUAGAUAGCUAGUGCUGCUGUGGCGUCGACGCGCGGUGGUGGAGAGUCCAGGAGCUAAAUAACGGCAGGGUUGGCAGGAUUGCUCCCGGCCCAGCAGCUACACGUGUGACAAGGGGGGAAGUAGAGUCGACGCCGGAGGCGCAGGCUGGCCCCGCCAGGUCGGUGGGCGGGCGCAGAUCUGGGCGCUGCAGCCAUGGAGGUCUCACCCCAUGAUGGCAUGAGGGUGGACGGCGGCAACGGUGGCGGCAGGAGUGCGGCAGCGGUGGACCUCCUAAAAGCCGCUGCACACGCAGCCUCAGGCUCGUCGGGCUUGGCCAACAAGGACCAGCCCACGACGGCCGACUACAGUGCCAACAGAAGCCUGCAGGAGCAGGUGCAGCAGAUGCAGCAUGUACUACACGCGCAGCAACAGCUCCAACAACAGCAAUCCAAGCAGGUGUUCGCCGGGUUGAACGACCUGGGUGGCGGCAGCGCCGGCCUGCAGGCGGCGGUGGCGGCGCGCCUGGCCGGGCUGCAGGCAGCCAACCUGGCGGCUGCAAACGGGGCCGCCAGUGCCGCCGCCAGCCCGCGCAACGGCGACACGACAGCACCGAGUGGCGAGGCGGCAGCGCGGUCGGAUGGCGAGCCGAACGGCAACGCUCAGGAGCGAGGCGCCGCCGAGGCUGUCGCCGCCCCGCCAGUCGGCGGCUCCCCGGUCCGUGGCUCUGCAGGCGCCACCAGCGCCGGCAACGGCACCGGUGGUGAGGACUGGGUGGGCGGGGAGCUGGUGGCAGCGUUGUUGGCGCCGCGGCUGCCGUUGGCGGCUCUGGGGCUAAGCCACGCGACUGUGGAGGGCAUGCCAAAGCAGACCUUUUUGGCGCUGCUGAGGCACGUGGGGCUGAACCUGGUGCCGCUGGGGGCGCCGGGCGGCGGCGGCGGCCUUGGCGGAGGGCUUGGAGGCGGGUUGGGCGGGUUCGGAGGCGGCGGCGGGGAGCAGGAUGGGCUGUUGGCAAGGCUCAUGCUGCAGCAGCAGCUGCAGCGGCAGCAGCAGGCACAGCAGCAGGCGGUGCAGCAGGCGCACCGCCGCGAGGCGGCGGCGGCGAUGGCGGGCCUGAUGGCGGGCGGGUCGGGCCUGACGCCGGAGCAGGAGGCGAUGCUGGAGACGGCGCGCAUGGUGGGCGGCCCGGCGGCGGUCGCGGCGACGGCGCGUGCGCUUCUCGCGGGCGGCCGCGGUGGCGGUCUGGCCGGCAUGCUCGCCGGCCUGGGCAACGGCGGCGCCGGCUUUGUCGGCGGCAGCAGCAAGCAGCAGCAGCAGGCUGACCUGGACGGUCGGGUGGCCGCGGGCGUGCGGCAGUUCGGGGAGCUGUUGGCGCUGCGACGGGCAAACGAGGCGGCGGCGGCGGCAGCAGCUGCCUCGGCGGGGCCGGCAGCGGCGGCGGCUGACGGCAAGGCGGCAGCUGCGGCGGAGGCCGAGGCGCGGCGCAGCCCCGACCAGCAGGAAGGCGGCACACCUGGCCGUGCACAGUCGCCGGCGCCUGCGGCCUCGAAUGGAGCGGCGGCCAAGCCGCCAGGCUUUGGCGAGGCGGACGGCGGCAGGAGCCAGGCCAGUGGUGACAGCAAGGCUGAGGAGGCUGCCCAGCAGGCGACGGACGCACCUGGGGUUGCAGGCGAUCAGGGCGCUAAAAGCCGGUCCGCAGCCGCUGCCGCCACCUCCGGAAGCGAAGACGGCAGGGCGCCGUCGGGGUCGAAGGAGCGGGAGGGCUCGGUGCCGGCGGCAGAGAGCAGCGGCGGCGCGGCGGCUGGCGCGAAGGCUGAUGCCGCCGCUGAAUGUAACGGCGGCUCGGCGCAGGCGGGCGGUGCCGGGACCGCUGCCGCCGCUGCGGGAGCCGCCAACGGCCCCUCCACGCCCGUGCAGCAGCUCUUGGCACAGUUAGCGGCGGCGGCGCACAAGCAGGAGGCGGCGGCAGCAGCCGGCAGCACCACAAAUGGCAGCGACGCGGCGGCCAGCAACGGCGGCGGUGGCAGUGUGACGAACAGCCUGGAGGCUUUGGCUCAGGCGCUGAAGAACGGCGGCGUGAGUGGGCUGAACCCGCAGCAGGCGGCGCUGCUGCAGCUCUACGUGCAGCAUCAACAACAGCAGCAGCAGGGGCUGGGCGGCCUGGGCGGCCUGGCGGCGGUGCUCAGCGGCGGCCUCGGCGGCGGGCUUGGCGGCGGCGGCGGCGGCCUCGCAGUCCUCAACGGCCUUUUGGGCGGCGGCGGUGGCGGCGGCGCAAACGCACAGCUGUUGCGUGCCACCGCAGGCGCCAACGGUGGCGGCGCCGACUCGCCGCUUCGCGGCGAUGACAGCGGUGACUCCGUGCCGGACGGCGUUGCAGCCGCGGCGGCGGCGCGUCCCGCGAACGGCAGCGGCGCCAGCACCUCGGCCCGCGGCGGCGGCGGCGGCGGGCGGCAGCGGCUGCCGGAGGCGCCGGCCGGCGUCAAGGGUCCCACGGGACUCCAGCUGCUCCGCAACCUGGCCAACGGCGGCGGCGCGGGCGCAACCAUGGCUGGAAUGCUGCUUCAGAACGCCGGGCUAGGCGUCGGUGGCGGCGGCGGCGGCGCACCGAAUGGAAUCGGCGGCGGCGGGGGCGCCUCCCAGUUGAUGGAUGAUUUGGAGACCAUGGGCGUGAUGGGGCGCCGCGGCGGCGCCGCCGCCGCUGGUGGCGGCGGCGGCGGCGGCGCGGGCCGCAACAGCGACGCGGCGAAGGCGCGCGGCGCGGCGAACGGAGGUGGUAAUAACAGCAACAACAGCAACAACAGCAGCAGCACCCUUGCGACCCUGCUAAAGCUGCAGCAGCAACAGCAGCAGCUGGCACGGCAGCAGGGCAGCGGCGACUGGGCUGGCGCGGCGGGUCAGGACGCCAAGCCGACGCCAAGCCAGCAGCAGCAGCAACAGCAGCAGCGACAGCAGCAGCAGCAGCAGCAGCAGCAGCAGCAGCAACAGCAGCAGGAGCAACAGCAGCAGCAGCAGCUCAAGCGGGAGCGCGAGUCCGAGCGCGACCAGCCGCCUCAACAACAGCAGCAACAGCACCAGCUGCGCCUGGGCGUCGCCGGCGUCAUGCCACUUCCGGAUGACCGCACCGAGCGGUUGUCAGUCCUGUCGGAGCUCCUACACAACGCGGUCGCCAACGGGCAGCACACGCUGGCCGGGCUGGUGCGGGUGCAGCUCCAGGCGGAGGCGCGCGAACUCAUGACGCCCACAGAGCCGCCAGCGACCAACAGCUCGACCGUGGCGGGGCUCAAGUCGCAGUUGGCGGACGCCAUGGCGGCGCUGCAUGAGUCGCAGCAGUCAGUGACCGCCGCCGCUGCCGCGGCGGCGGCGGCGGGCGCGAACGUGUCGGCGGGCGGCGCGGCCGGCGGCAAGAAGGGCAACAAGCGGCCGGAGAACGGCAAUCUGGCGACGCAGAUCCUGAAGCGGCAGCGGCUGGCGUGGGAGGCAUCGGGCGGCGCGGGCGGCGGCGGCGGUGGUGGUGCUGGGGGCAGUGGCGCCAGUGCGGAGCUUGGGCUGCAGCAGCAGCAGGCGCAAGCACAGGCGCAGGCACAGCAGCAACAACAGCAGCAGCUGUUGCUGCAGAAUGCGCUUAACGCGGCAGGCGCCGCCGGCGGCGCUGGGGCGGGGCUGGCUGGGCUGCUGGCAGCCAACGGUGGGAAUGGUGCGCCCUCCGUGCUGGCGGCGGCGCUGGCCUCGGCCCUCAAUGCUAGCCGGGCCGGAGGUGGCGGCGGUCCCGGCGCCCCGGGCGGCAUGCCCUCCCAGGCCGAGCGCCUGGCGGCGGCGCUGCGCGCUGCCAAUGGCGGCGGUGGCGGCGGCUUGCACGACGGCGGCGCAGGCGGGCCUGGCGGCUUUGGCGACCCGGCGGCGGCCAUCGCUAUGGGCCUUUCGGGCGGUGGCGGCGCGGGGCCUGACGCCGUCAUGGCGGGCGGCGGUGGCAUCCCAGCGGCAGGCCUCAACCCGGCGCAGCUGCGGUUCCUGGCGCAGCUGCAGGCCAACGCUGGCGGCGGCGGCUCUGGCGGCGGCGGCGGCGGUGUCAUGGCGGCGCUGGCAGCCGCGGCGGCGGCUGGCGGGCACGGCGGCGCCGCCGCCGGCAUCGGCUUCCCUGGCCCUGCGGUAGUUCCGCCGUCCGCCUUAUCAGGCCUGUCUGCUAGCUUCCUGGUGGGCUCGCUAGUACCCAAGGGCCGCAGGUCAAAGGGCGCGCGGCGGCGUGCGGGGCCGGAGCGGAUCGGCACCAUCCUUCGAGAGCUGUACCAGCCCACGGCGCGCGAGGUCCGUGAGAACGAGGCGGCCACAAACAACGCCAGCGCCAACGGCAGCGACCGGCGGCAGUUUGGUGAGCUCAUGGCGCUGCGGCGAGCCAAGGACGCCGCGGCCUCGGGCAACCCGCUCAGCCCGGAGCAGUCGCAGUUGCUCGCCGCCAUUUCCGCCGCCGGCGGCCACAAGGCGGCGGUCACAGCCGUGCUGGCGGGCAACGGCGCCAGCAUCUUCGGUCGCGGCGGGCCGGGCGGGCGCGGAGGCAGCGCCGGCACGGGCACAAGCGGCGCCACCGGUGGUGGCAGUGGCGGUGGCGGCGGCGGCGCGGCGCCGGUGGCAAAGAGCCGACGGAAGGGGGGAGCGCCGUCGCGUGCCGCGGACUGAUCGGGCUUGGUUGGCGUCCAUCCGUCUUGUGUGUCUGCGUGUCAGAACGUGUGCGUGUGCAGCAUGUGUAGAUGUUGCGGUGGUGUGUGGGUCUGUGGUGAUCUGGCUUUGACAUGGAACACUGGAGACACGGGUGAUGUUUAUCUGGGCGCUUCAUUGCGCCAAGCCAAUCGAGCCCACCUCGGGAACAGGUUCGACUUUGUCUCCGUGAAAGCCGCCUCACCCCGGUUAGUGCACGUGCUGGAGUGCUGUGCCGCAGUAGGGUGAUCCGGCUUGUGGUUUUUCCGGCUAUUCGGCCGUACUGUAGUGCUGGGUUCAUAAGAACCGGGGCCCCUUUCCGCUACCGUAGUGGCGGCAUUGCGGAACUGCGCGUGUGCCGUGAGCCCAGCCAAACAAGAUGAACAUGCACACAUGAGUUCCCAACAGUCCAUGACAGUUUCAUAAAUGCAGUCAAGGUCGUUUACAACGCGCACGGGGGAUUCAACCUCCGUAGGAUGCAUAGUAAAAAACGGCAGGACCGCAGCUGCACCUGCCAUGCGGCCGCAACUUGCAAAUAUACUGCUUUGCUGGACGGAAUUGUGAAGUUGCAAUCUGCGAUUGUGGUGCUUCCUUUGCGGUUGGGGCGGACUGCGUCCGCUCGUCACACAGGUAGAACGGUGUUGGCAGCUGGCGGCUGUCGGCACUUGGGGGACGUACCGUACAUAUACAACUGAACUGUCCCUGGCUUUGAAUGUGCCAAGAACAUGCUCUUGUGAACUAUGUGCUCAUGUGCUGGGUGGUGCUGACAGGUCCGCCCGUAGGGUCAUGUCAGCUACACGCUGUGGUAUUUCCGUUUAUGGGUUAGCGGUGUUUGCCAGCACACCGGUCUUACAGGUGCGGCUGCUAAGGCUUAAGCUACUAAGACCGCGGACUCGGCACGCGUGCGCAGGACCGCGCAGUGGACUGACAAGCAGAUUGACAAGAGGUUACGGAGCAGGGAGGUGCCAGGGAGAACUGCGGGGAAGUGCAUCAGCGCAUGGGCAUUUGGGGCGUCGCUGUUUGCCUCGGUCACGCGCAGUAACAGGGCUUGAUAUUGCACGCCUGUCAGACAAGCUAGGGGUUAGACCAUGGUGUGCAUCAAGGAAUGAACUUACAUCUAUAGCUCCUGCGGCACCUAUUGCGGCUGAUUUCGCAUUACGCUGAGCAGGGUUGGCCGCGGGUGUUAACUGAAAGACACGGCAGGGGAAGGGUGCGUGACUCCAGAAGGAACGCACCCGCCAUAUAAGCACGUCAAUAAAUGGUAUUCUUUCCUUCAACGACGUUUGCUUUGCGUGCCGUUGCUUCUUUUGCUGACUGCCGCUUUCAAACGCUGAACAACGCCUGUUCAUUCAGCGCGUGUGCUCCGAGUCGUCUGGGUGUGGAGGCAAGUGGCGUGCGCACACGUGUAUCGCAGGCCUUGUACAGUAACGGUACGCCGGCCCGAGGGGUCCGAGACCGGUAUGGUAUCCAUGUGGGAUGUUCACGUUGUAAUGUCGGAUGGGA